AUGAGGGUGACAAUCCUUCAUCCUGACCUGGGAAUAGGCGGCGCUGAACGCCUAAUCGUCGAUGCGGCCGUCGCUUUGCAGAAUAAAGGACAUCAAGUCCGUGUCGUCACCAAUCAAUUUGAUCGAAGCCACGCAUUCAAGGAAACCGAACAAUUGGAAAUCUCCAGUGUUCUUCAAUGGUUUCCUCGAUCGUUAUUCGGAAAAAUGCACGCGCUCUUCGCCUACUUCAAAAUGAUCGUUGCGGCGUUUUACAUUGCGUUCUUCUAUAGCAGCGAUGUGAUUUUGUCGGAUCAGGUGUCGGCAAGCUUAAUCGUUUUGAAAUAUCUGACAAGUGCUCGCCUCAUUUUCUACUGUCACUUUCCCGAUAUGCUGCUGACGAAGCGUGAAACGGCGGCAAAAUCCAUUUAUAGAUAUGUUCUGGACAAAUUUGAGGAAUACACAACGUCUCUUGCUGACGUGAUUUGUGUCAACAGCAAAUUUACUGCCUCCAUCGUACGCAACACGUUCAAAUCUCUAAAAAAUCGAGAAUUGACGGUCAUCUAUCCAUCACUCAAUACGGAAUUUUUCGAUUCUAUUGAAUCAUGCGAUUUGUCGUCGAUUAUUCCGCCAGGAAUCCAAUAUGUUUUCACGUCAUUGAAUCGAUUUGAGCGCAAAAAGAAUAUCAUUCUCGCAAUUGAGGCUUUCGCGAAAUUGCGUGAAGAUUUGAGUCAAGAAGAAUUCUCCAGAUGCCAUUUGGUCAUUGCUGGAGGAUAUGACAAAAACAAUGCGGAGAAUCUGGAAUAUUUCGAUGAAUGCGUUCAAAGUUCGAACGAAUUGAAGAUUCCCAUCGAUCAGAUUCGAUUUAUCACAUCGCCAUCCGAUGAGAAAAAGAUAAGCCUAAUUCGACGAAGUCGUGCGGUUCUCUACACUCCGGAUCGCGAGCAUUUCGGAAUUGUGCCUGUAGAAGCAAUGUAUCUCGGCGCUCCAGUGAUCGCUGUCAACAGCGGAGGACCAAUGGAAAGUGUUGAAAAUGAAACAACUGGAUUCCUUGUUGAUCAGACUCCAGAAGAAUUUGCUUUAAAAAUGCUCGAGCUAAUUAAAAGCGAGCACAAGUAUAAUUACAUGUCAAAAGAGGGUCCAAAGCGUGUCAACCGGCUUUUCGGUUUUGCUGCAUUUACAAAGAAGUUUGAUGCAAUAGUGCGGGGUGAAAAUGUGGAUAAUUAA